UUGAAAAUGGAGCGGGAGUUUGAGGACAUUGAAUCGGAGGGCCGGUGGCACAAAUUGUACAUGGAAAUCCGAAGUCAGUCCCAUGAGCACUCAUAUAAAGUGGCUAAGUAUCCUGAAAACCGUUGCCGCAACAGAUACAGAGACGUCAGCCCGUAUGACCACAGUCGGGUGAAGCUCAAAAACGCUGACAACGACUACAUCAACGCCAGCCUGGUGGUGAUGGAAGAAGCGCAGAGACGUUACAUAUUGACUCAGGGUCCCCUCAGGAACACAUGCGGCCACUUCUGGCUUAUGAUCUGGGAGCAAAAGACCAAAGCCAUUGUCAUGCUCAACAGAGUCAUUGAGAAGGGCUCGGAAAAGUGUGCUCAGUACUGGCCAAUGGCAGAGGAGCGUGAAAUGACGUUUAAAGACACGCGCUUCCUAGUCACGCUGCUGUCAGAAGACGUCAAGUCUUACUACACCACCAGAGUGCUGGAGCUGCUGAACAUUAGUACAGGGGAGAAGAGGGAAAUCCACCACUUUCACUACACGUCAUGGCCAGAUUUUGGCGUGCCAGAAUCGCCGGCGUCCUUCCUCAACUUCCUGUUGAAGGUUCGCGAGUCGGGGGCCCUGGGCGCCGAUCACGGGCCCACCGUGGUGCAUUGCAGUGCCGGUAUAGGCCGCUCGGGGACCUUCUCGCUGGUGGACACUUGUCUAGUGUUGAUGGACAGACAAAAAGAAGCAUUACCGUUGGACAUUCGCGGGAUCCUGCUGGACAUGCGUAAGUUCCGCAUGGGUCUCAUCCAGACGCCUGACCAACUACGCUUCUCCUUCAUGGCUGUCCUCGAGGGAGCCAAGUGCAUCAUGGGAGACUCAUCUGUGCAGAAUCAUUGGCGGGAAUUGUCCGGGGAGGACAAGACCCCGACCGAUAAUUCGCCAGAAAGAUGUAACGGCGGUCAACGGGCGGAACCGCCCGGCGACGUAGGCGACUGCAGACGUGACGUCGAGAGGCCGAGUCAGUCGCCGGAACAAGAAAACAACACCACACACAAACGACGCAGGGACAACAGUUUCUCCAUUUCCCAAAGCCAAAAGGCCAACGACGCAGACAGGAAGCGGAAAAGGUGA